AUGUCUGGCUCGUCAUUGAUGCGAGCACUGGACAAUCAUGACCGGGUCGAGACGGAGCGAUUGCUGCUCACACAACCGUCUGAGGUGUCUAUGCGAGACUCAGAAGACCGCGUUGCUUUGCACUAUGCGGCUGAGACUAUGGAGCUCGACAUGUUCAAAAAGAUAUUUGAGCAGGAUCCUACUUUACUUGACUGUGAAGACAAAAAUGGACACACCCCUCUACUAAUGGCCGUGAUGGGCGGCCGGAUUGACCUCAUUGAAUUUUUAAUUUCCAAAGGUGCUGACAUCAAUCACUGCGAUCGCGACGGUCACUCUGCAGUGCAUUGGGCUGUCGUUUGCGGAGAAAAAGCGACUCCGCUCCACUACGCCACAGCCAGUGAAGAAAUCGCACCUGAAACGGCUUUAUCCAUUUUACAUGUUUUACUAAAACACGGAGCCAAACCAAACAGCAGAGAUGUAGACGAAAGAACACCUAUCCUUUGGGCCGCAAGCAAUGGAAACCUCGAAGCCAUGCAUUCAUUGCGACAAGCGGGUGGAGACCUAAAGGCAGUGGAUCGUGACAGCCUUGGAGUUAUACACUGCGCGGCUAGUCAUGGAUAUCAUGAGACAGUCGACUUCAUUAUGGAAGCUCUACCACACUAUUUUGUUGAUCAAAAGGAUCGAGCAGGUCAUACGGCACUGUUUUAUGCAGUCACCUAUGGGCACUACGAGGUCGCAAAACGGCUUCUUGAUUACGGUGCUAAUCCUAAUCAUCAGGACCACAGACUUCGAACUCCUUCACAUUGUGCAGCAGCGAAGGGACAAAUGCGUAUGCUCAAACUGCUCAAGCAGUACAACGCCUCCUUCGAGAUACAAAAUUACCGUGGUGACUUACCGGUGCAUGAAGCUGUCCAAUCAGGGAGUAAAGACGUUGUUGAAUGGUUGCUGGCUCUGCAACCAUCAUCUCUAAAUGCAGGAAGCCACGAAGGACGAACAUGCCUCCAUCUGGCCGCUGCACAAGGAAAUCUUGAAAUGGUCAUAAUGCUUUGUACGAAAGGCUGUUAUGUAGAUCCGCUGAUGCUUUAUAAGAACAAUCUGUACACCCCACUAGAUUUAGCACGCCGAAAAGAUCACCAGCUGGUAGUGGAUUACUUAUCAACUAAACACAGAGCCAAGCGUGCUGAGGAGAUACCUGAGGAAGAGCGGCAGAAGAAUCGUUUGUCAUUCGAAGAGCAACUUGUACAAGCAAAACUAGCUCGUGGACGUCAUCUUCUGGACGAAGACGAAGAAAACGAGGCAUUGAUGAAGAAGUCAAAAGCAAAACGAAGAAGAAGUUCUGGAUCACAACAAUUAGAGCACAAAAUGAUGGAUACGGGUGUGAUGACGUCGCCUCGUCGAAUAUCAUCAGCCGGUUCACGUUCACCUGGGCGACUUAUAAAAUCUACUUCAACAUCCGAUUUGCAAAAAUUGGAAAAAGCUAGGGCGACGGCUGAUGAAAAAAUGGAGCAAAUAAUUCGCGAAGAGAUACACAAAGUUGCCAUGGCAAAACUUGAGCUAAAUACUAAACAACUACAACCACCGAAGGAAUCGAGUAAAGAGAUGAUGAGCAACACGAAUACCUCAGUGGAGCGAUCAUCAGAUGAGAAAGUGACUGAUAAGGAAGAGAAAGAACGCACAGCUCAUGAAUAUCCAGAGAUCGAUGAGGAGUUUGAAGACCUGCCAGCAAUUAGUGACACGAGCGACGAAGAUUAUGACGAGGACAAUCAAAGACUUCUCGAAAGUGUUGAACUGACGGAAGCUUCAUCUCUUGACGAAAACGGGAAGAGACCAAAGGAAAACGUUGUUUAUAAAACUGUAAUUAUCAAAAAGGGACAAAGCGCUGACAAGCCAAAUAAAGCGGAGAAUAGAAAAGCUGGUAUGCGGAUGAAUCCAAAUAAAAAACGAACAGCCAAUGAUGGAAAAUUAGUUCGUGUGAAAGGCGAAAAGAAGGAAAGGAAAAAUGAGGUGGAUCCUCACACCUUAUUACGGGUACAGAGAUUGUAUGAUGCUGGCGAAUAUGACGGCAAUUACGAAGUUUUCGAAGAUGAAUGGGAAGAGAUUGGAGCGAAUCGAACAGUAGGCAAGGAUGCUUCUCGUCGAUAUAUCCAUGAAAAGGCUAUCUUCCAAGAGUUAACGCAUUUAAAACGUAUGCAAAUACAGUAUGGAAAGGUGCAAGAGAGGAUACUGGUGCGGUCACUAGUGGGAAACUUCUGCAAAAUGCAUGGUUUAGAUCCAGCCAAUUUCAAAUUUCAAACAUUUUACGCUUGGGAGAAAUUUCUUUACGACCAGUUGAAAUUGAUCUACAUGGAAGAGCGUCAGAGACUGUCGCAAGCUCGAGGAGUACCGAUAACUCGUCCAUUGGCUAUCGACCGAUUUGAGACGCGAAUCCGACAAGCACGUGCCGUUCCUCUUCGCGACGAGAAUAUCGAGCGAAUGACUCGAGUUUAUCAAAGCAGUAUGGCAAACGGCAAAUCUGUGAGACAAAAGGAGAAGUCCGUCAUGUCAGGAGACGAGAUGCUCUGCCGGCGAGCGAACUAUCUCCUAUGGGCAUGUUGUGGACCCGAGCCGUUAAGGCAAGUAGCCAUCCAUCUCAUGCGCAUCGCGGGGGUAACAUCCCUUGCAGUUAUGAAUGCUGGUCAUUGCAAUAGCACUCAUCAGCCCAGGAUAGUGACAUAUCUUGUAGCUCCUGCAGUGUAG